CCCCUCCUCUCAACGUGGCUCCUCCCCUCCGUGUGCCCCAGCCCUUAGGAGUGUGACCGCCUCGGGAGGGUUCGGCCCUCCACCUCGUAGGAAUCCGGUCUGCCCCCUCCGGCUAGAGGGAGAGCUGCAGCCGGCCUCCUUCCCGUCGGCGCUGGGCCCGGAAUGCGCACGCCCCGCGCACCCGCCGGACCCAGAGCUUCCGGUUCUCCGCUGGCUGCCCCUCCCCCCGGGGCGUCGGCGAAAUAGCCAAUUACCGCCUGGGAUAGAGUGACGCCGCUGGAUCCGGCCGACGCCUCCGGGCCGCGGGGGUGGGCGGCAGUGAGCAGCUUGCCACCUAGCGGCGGAAAGGAGGGCGGCGGGCGUGGAGGCUGCGGGUCUCCGGAGCCAAACGGGCUGCGACAGAGCUUGAGGGAGGAAGGGUGAAUUCCGUUCAAAAAUUCUCCAGUACUGCAGUUCUAUUUUUGUGACUUUUAUGAUGGAAAAUGUCAAACAUGAAAAAAAAAAGAACAAUAGAGGAAGAACAAUGAAUCCUUAUUGACCUUGGUUCCCAUCUCCAUCUAGCAUUUAUCCCUAAGAGUGAGCCAAGUCUACAACCGUCACUCUAAAUAACACAUGCCAAGGCCACCCUUGGCAGAACAGUGAGGAACGUGAAAUGUAUUCCUUGGCGCCCAGUGCUCCUGUGCAAUCUGCAGAUUUUAUUCAGGAGAGAGAGAGAGAGAGGCAGAGACACAGGCAGAGGGAGAAGCAGGCUUCCUGUAAGGAGCCUGAUGUGGGACUGGAUCCUGGAUCUGGGAUCACGCCCUGAGCCGAAGGCAGACGCUCAACAGCCCUGGACACAGUACACACAGAUUACAGCUCCCGCUCCAAGGGUAACAAAGGAACUGCCUGGAUUCCCAUGGCUGUGGCCAGCACCUCCAUACCAGGGCUGAACCCUCAGAAUGCUCAUUAUAUCCCGGGGUACACUGGACACUGCCCCCUACUUCGGUUCAGCAUGGGCCAGACCUACGGGCAAAUGACCGGUCAGCUACUUCGAGGAUUUCCUGGCCUAGCCUGGCCCCCUGCCCAUCGCACACUUCUGCCUCCCAUCCGGCCACCAGCGUCUCCUGAGGUUCCCAGGGGAAGGCUGCCUGUCAGGCGCCGGCAUGAAAGGCUCAGCUCCGGCAUGAUCCCUGGAUACACAGGUUUUGUACCCCAGGCACAGUUCAUCUUUGCCAAGAACUGCAGCCAGGUCUGGGCUGAGGCUCUAAAUGAUUUCACACGGUGGUCUGGGGGACAAGGGAGUCCAGAGCUGCCAAGGGAGGCCAACGGUACAAAAGAUGUGGAGAAAGACCAAGAGCCAAAGCUGGAGCCAGAGCAAGAGGCAGAGAAGGAGCCAGAGCUGGGGCAAGAGACAGAACAAGCUUCCCCCUAUUCCAUGGAUGACAAAGAUCCUCGCAAGUUCUUCAUGCCAGGCUUCACUGGUUAUGUGCCCCGUGCCCGCUUCCUCUUCGGCUCCAGCUUUCCUGUGCUCACCAACCGGGCAUUGCAGGAAUUUGGACAGAUGUACUCAGGGGACAGACCCCAGAAGGAUCCCAGACAUCUCCCUCCACUUUCUAGGACCUACCCUCAGGACCUGGGCCUUUUACCUAAUUAUGGGGGCUAUGUGCCAGGAUAUAAGUUCCAGUUCGGGCGCACAUAUGGACAUCUCACCCAUGAUGCACUAGGUCUCACCACCCUCCAGAAGCAGCUCCUGGUAUAGGCACCUGGACUCCAAAGUCUCUCUUCUCUUUCUUCCUAUCCCAGACAUCCUUUUGGAAGGAAGAGAGCUGGGCCCGAGGGUGGAGGGGGAGGCACAAAGAGAAAUGGUUUGGAGGCCGAGCACCUUUUUUAUUAAUAGGUGUAAUAAAUAAAUAAAUAAAUACAUAAACAGAA